AUGUGGUCGACUUACUUGACUUUCCUCUUGGCUGCCCUCACUGCUUCUAGUUGGGCUGCCCCAUCCCCGCUCACCACCUCAGCAACCACCGUCGCUACCCUCUCCGGGCUCCAAUCCGGCAACGCUCACGACGGCAUCCUGAUCCACGUGAUCCGCACGGAGGACCUGAUCGCAGACAAACUCAAGUCCAAGCCCUUGUUACUUGAGAAACUCUCGCACCUGCUCAUCCGAGUCGAGCUCGGCAACCAAUCCGUCGCCGUCAAUGGCCACCCUCUCCCCAUGCUUCCAGGCGCACGUCCUCUGGAGGUCAGCGUCAAGCUGAAACAGGUCCAGAUGCUCAAGAUGCCCAAGGACAGUCCGCUCGUACCCCUCGGACUCACCCCUCCUGAGGUCUUGAGCAUUGCCGACAAAUACAUGUCUGAGGGCAUCGUCGCUGCCAUGCUCAGCGUCACUCAAGAGCCUUUGGUCAUAGAGGCCAUGCGAGAGGAUGCCACCCCCGUGCAAGCUGAAGCUUACAAGGUGACCAUCGGAAUUAAGAUCUUGGAAGUCGAUGGAAUGUCCCUCUCUGAAACCGAUCUUCCCGCGGUUGACCUGCUUCACUUGAUUGUUCAUCCCGACCAAGCCGACCCGACCAAGGUGGCCACUGUGACCACCCUUGCCCCCGAGGCGCUCUCUGACCCCCAACCAGACCCGUCGCUCCUCGGCAGCAGCGCCAGCAUGACCCCCGCUGGUAUGCUCGACGCAGCUCUCGACACUACCCGGGCCUCGCUUGCAUCGACCCUCCAUGCGUUGAGCAACGCCAUGCAAGGUAUGGCCGCCCACGCCUCCGGUCUCUUGAGCGGCACCCGGGCCCGCAAGCCGUGCCACAAGCACCACCAUCACCACCACAGCAACAACAAGGGUGCUGCCGCUAAGAGCAAGGCCAAGCCGGUCGAGCUGGCUGCCGCCACCAAGGCCCCCGCAUCGUCCGAGCAGCCUACCGUGCGCCACUCGGCCGUCACCGCCUUCCGUCACAGGAUGAGAUGCUUUGUCAAGAUGGUCGCCCGCUCCUCCCUCGCCGUCCUCCUCCUCGGCCUGCCUCUAGCCCUCGUCCUCCUAGUCUUCUCCACCCUCGUCUCCACUCUCCUCCGUCGUCGACUCGAGGCCUCCGAAGCCGCUGCCACCGUCCCUCCCGCCUAUGAGGCUAUUCCUGCUGACGAGAAACUCGCGGAAGACCAACAAAUCAUCAUCAUCCAUGCUGCAGACGCUGACAAGAUCUAA